AAAUUCUCCUCCCACUUAUCUCUGUAUUGAUCGUAGUUCUUGUCGUUGAUCAGAAAUCUUAGUAUUUCGAAUUUUGUAGAAGAAAGUCUUUAUUUAGCUUGUGAAUAGAAUCCCUUUGGAAUCUAUCUAGGUUUUAUCGAACCGGUUAGGGUUUUCGUUUUUGCGGAUCAGCAUCUCUAGAUUUCUCUUAUUUUUUUUUUUAAAUAUCGAUACGAUAAGAUUAGGAGGAGAUAAAAUGGAUAUAGAUGGUGUGAACGAUGUUCAUAUAUUGGAUCCCGAGCUCUUGCAGCUUCCCGGUUUGUCGGUUAAAGCAAACCCUCUUAUCGCUGAAGAACUCUUCUCCCAGUGGCUUUCACUCCCUGAAACUGCCCGUUUGGUGAAGUCUUUGAUUGAUGAUACUAAAUCUAGUACACCAGUGAGUGUAUCCAAGAACUGUGCCAAUCUCAAUAUUUCUUGCGGAAGUGCAUUGCCAUCAGUGUUUCUGAACAGCGGCACUCCCCCGCUUUCCCCACGAAGCUCAUCUGGGUCUCCCCGGUUUUCGAGGCAAAGGACGAGCCCUUCUUCUCUGCAGUCUCCUCUGAAAUCAGCCAGGGAACCAAAGCGUCAACUCAUUCCUCAGUUUUACUUCCAACACGGGCGUCCACCUGCGAAAGAACUGAAGGAGGAAUGUAUAUCCAUGGUUGAUCAUCUUUUUAGUAACUAUAUUGACGGACUUCGUAUAGAUGAGUUCAAAACCAUUACCAAAGAAGUCUGCAAGUUACCUUCUUUUCUUUCUUCUGUACUUUUUAGAAAGAUAGAUACUAGUUCCACUGGUAUCGUCACAAGGGAUGCAUUUAUAAAGUAUUGGGUUGAUGAACAUAUGUUGGCAAUGGACUUAGCCUCACAGAUAUACAAUCUUUUGAGGCAGCCAGGCUGCAAGUACCUUAAACAGGCCGACUUCAAACCAGUUCUUGAUGAGUUACUGAUAACCCAUCCUGGCUUGGAAUUCCUGAGGAACACACCUGAAUUUCAAGAAAGAUAUGCUGAGACCGUCAUCUACAGAAUAUUUUACUACAUAAACAGAUCAGGAACUGGCUGUAUUACUCUUAGGGAGCUGAAGCGUGGUAAUCUUAUUGCUGCUAUGCAACAACUUGAUGAAGAAGACGACAUCAAUAAAGUUAUUAGGUACUUCUCCUAUGAGCAUUUCUACGUUAUCUACUGCAGAUUUUGGGAACUCGAUGGCGACCAUGAUUUCUUUAUUGAUAAGGAAAAUCUCAUCAAAUAUGGUAAUCAUGCUCUUACCUACAGGAUUGUCGACAGAAUAUUUUCACAGGUCCCUAGGCAAUUUACAAGCAAAGUUGAGGGCAAGAUGAGUUAUGAAGAUUUUGCAUACUUCAUUCUCGCUGAGGAGGAUAAGUCAUCUGAGCCUAGCCUUGAGUAUUGGUUCAAGUGCAUAGACCUGGAUGGAGAUGGGGUAAUCAGUCCGAACGAAAUGCAGUUUUUCUAUGAAGAGCAGCUGCAUCGCAUGGAGUGCAUAACCCAAGAACCUGUACUCUUCGAGGAUAUCCUAUGUCAAAUAUUUGACAUGAUUAAACCCGAGAAGGAGAACUGCAUCACACUCCAGGAUCUGAAAGCAUCGAAACUUUCUGGAAACAUAUUCAAUAUACUAUUCAACUUAAACAAAUUCAUGGCGUUUGAAACCCGUGACCCUUUCCUCAUUCGCCAGGAGCGGGAAAAUCCAACAUUGACAGAAUGGGACCGGUUUGCUCAAAGAGAGUAUGUGAGGUUAUCAAUGGAAGAAGAUGUGGAGGAAGUGUCGAAUGGGAGUGCAGAUGUUUGGGAUGAACCACUCGGAUCUCCAUUUUAGCGACCUUCAAUAAUAGUGUUUUGGGAAGAGGAAGAGGUUUGGAUCUUCUUCCUUGGUCGCUUGGGAACAACUUUCAGACAACCACGAAAGCCACCGGUCUCUUCCACGUAGAGAUCGGCGACAGUGAGACUUCUCCUGAAGAAGGCUUUGUGUUAUUUGUCUGACUUGGGGUUUUUCAUGUUAGAACCCUUUUUCGAUCUACAUGUAUAUUAUUAUCUGUUUAUAGUGUUUUGUGGAACCAAAUAACGAUGGUUGAACUAUCAUAUGUACAAAAACUCUUUUUGUGGGUAAAAAAGGAGUACAAUUUGUUUUGCCUGUUCAAAUACUUUUAUUUCCAUUUGUGUAUUUCUCAUCCGGAUAGUAAAGUAAGCACUUUGUAAUUAGUACUCACCAUGUUUAGCAUUAAAAUUUAUUAUUUUAUGAUGAUUGC